AUGGCUAUGCCAUUCCUCAAACUGGCUAUUGUUCUUGCUGUGUUCUUCUUCUUCUUCUCACCUGUUCCUCCUAAGUCAGUUGGGUUGGUUUUGGAGGCAAACAUGAAGAUUGGUUCACGGCCGCCGGGAUGUGUGAAUAAAUGCAUGAGUUGUAGGCCGUGCAUGGCGGCGGCGGCGGUGGUGCCGGUGCAUAAGAUGAAGGGGAAGGCCUUCAAUGCCAUUGCUUCCUCUCGGGAGGAAGAGGGUAGCUAUUAUCUUCUCUCGUGGAAAUGCCAAUGUGGGAAUAAGAUCUAUCAACCCUAG